AUGUAUUUAAGCUCGCAUUUGGCUGAGCAUUUGGCGCAGGGACUUGGUGAACAAGCCCUGGCCAACCUCUUAAGCUUUCCUCCUGAGCAACAUGUUGCUCAGUUGGAGCAAUGCGAGGCGUUUGUGCUCGGGCAGCGCAGAAAUGCGUCCGAGGUAAAUGACCAAGCAAAGGCCGAGUCCAUCAAUAAGACUCAGGAUGAGCUUUUGCGUGAGAAAGCUCGAAACGAGGCGCUCAACAGAACUGUUGAGACGCUCUCGGCCCGGUCUAAUCAACCGAGGCCCAUUCGGAUGGACCCUCCGAAGUUUGAUGAGACUGCCCCUCAUACGAUUGUCCACUGGCUUUUAUUAGUGGAGCAAUGCCCGCCUAACGAUGAAAUUUUACUUCAGGCGCGCUUCUUUGGAGCACGACAGGCGAAACGAUCUCUGCAAGAGUAUGUGAAGGAGAUGCGUUCGCUGUCUGCUUUCAUUAAUGUGAGUCCGAUACCGGGAAACAUUAGGGUGCCUAUGUUCAUGAACGGACUACGGCACGGCCCAUCGCGUCUGGACCUUUUUAAAAAGGUGCCAAAGACGAUGGAGGAGGCAAUUAGUAUUGCCAUGGAUGAGGAGCAAUCCUACAACAUCGCCUUGGCGACAGCUUUUUAUAAACCGUCAGCCGAGAAGUCGGAUGCCACUCCAAUGGAGUUAGGCAAUGCAGACGUGGUCUGCAACAAGUGCGGCAAGCGCGGACAUAUGAUGCCUCGCUGCUAUGCCAAACUUGCUGCUGAUGCUAUGUCAUGA